GCCUCGCACUCUCAUUCUCGAGUUCAAACUCAAAUCCAGAAGCAGAUUGAAUAAAAAAAAUCCAGAAGCAGAUUGAAUAAAAAAAAUCCAGAAGCAGAAGCCGAUAAGAACUUUCAGUCUUGUGGAGAGAGAACAAGAGAGGAAUUUGAAAAGCAGGCGUUCGAAAUCAGGGAGACUUCAGCUGGAGCCGGAAUGGCGACGCCCAAGCUGUCCCCGGUCUCGCCGGUGCGGCGGGACGACACGCCGCGCGCGCAGCCGCCGUCGUCACCGGCUGUCCUGAGGGUGCAGGACGCGUCCGCAGCGGAGGCGUACGAGCAGUACCUGCGCCUGCCAGAGCUGUCGGCGCUGCGGGAGCCCGGGCGCUUCCCGGGGUGGGCGGGCGAGGCCCUCGUCACGCCGGCGCUGCAGGCGCUCGAGGUCACCUUCCGCCUCGCGUCCCUCGCGCUCUCGGACCCGCGCGGGUACGCCAGCCGCCGCGAGCUCGCGCUCCGGCUCGAGUGCCUCGCCUCGCGGGAGGUCGAGCUGGCGGCCGCGCUCUGCGAGGGCGACCGGGGCGCGCCGCUCGCCGAGCUGUCCGCCUCCGGGGGCGUGCUCCCGCGGGAGCGCAGCGCGUCGGAGGUCUGGCAGCUGCCCGGGAGCGCCGCCGCCGUGGUGUGCCAGCCCAGCGAGGCCAGCCUGCUCCCGCGCCUCGCGGCCUGGGACAAGUCCGAGACGCUCGCCGCCAGGAUCAUGUACGCCAUCGAGGGCCAGAUGCAGGGAUGCGCCUUCACGCUCGGCCUCGGCGAGCCCAACCUCGCCGGCAAGCCGGUGCUCGAGUACGACCGCGUCGUGCGGCCCCACGAGCUGCACGCGCUCAAGCCCAAGCCCGCGCCGGAGCCCGGCUCAGGCUACCGCAACCGGGAGAACGAGACGGUCUUCACCAUGUACCAGAUACUCGAGUCCUGGCUGUGCGCGGCGUCCCAGCUCCUCGCCCGCCUCAACGACCGGAUCGAAGCCAAGAGCUGGGAGGCGGCGGCCAGCGACUGCUGGAUCCUGGAGCGCGUGUGGAAGCUGCUCGCCGACGUCGAGGACCUCCACCUGCUGAUGGACCCCGACGACUUCCUGCGGCUCAAGAGCCAGCUCGCGAUUCGGGCGCCCCCGGGCUCCGACGCCUCGUUCUGCUUCCGGUCCAGGGCGCUCCUGCACGUCGCAAACACUACCAAGGACCUCAAGAAGCGGGUGCCCUGGGUGCUCGGCGUCGAGGUGGACCCCAACGGCGGCCCGCGGGUGCAGGAAGCAGCCAUGAGGCUGUACCACAGCCGUAGGCGCGGCGAGGGCGAGGAGGCCGGCAAGGUGGAGCUGCUCCAGGCCUUCCAGGCCGUGGAGGCGGCCGUGAGAAGGUUCUUCUUCGCGUACAGGCAGCUGGUGGCGGCGGUGAUGGGCACGGCGGAGGCGUCGUGCAACCGGGCGCUGUUCGUGCCGGCGGAGGGGAUGGACCCGCUCGCGCAGAUGUUCCUCGAGCCCCCCUACUACCCCAGCCUGGACGCCGCCAAGACGUUCUUGGCGGACUACUGGGUUCAGCAGAUGGCGGGGGCCUCUGCUCCGUCCCGGCAGAGCUGAAACCACGAGAUGGCGCGGCUGGAUAGCGACCGGAUCGCAGUUUUGCAGACCUGCUCACCUGCAUGCUUGAUGCAUCCUAAUUCCGGUGGUGAUAGAGUGUGAUCCAUUCCUAUAGCGAUUGUGUACUACAUGUAGCACCAGAUUCUCUUACUUUUUUUGUGCACUUCAUCUGCGUUGUGUUGUGUUCUACCGAGAGAGAUUGAUUCAGUUAGAUGCCAUUUGUAACUCUAGGCAAGCAUUUCAAUUCGAAAUCAUGUAUAUACCACAUUUUGUAAGUACUUUAGAUGGUUUCAUGUAUUGGAAUGACUGAAUGUUUUGAUCAAUUCUGAA